GAAAAAAUAUUAUGAAAAGAAAGCAAAAUAAAAAACAAACAUAUAAAAUUUAUAAUAAAAUUAAAUAAACUAUAAAAUUCAAUAAUAAUAAUUAAUGCUAAUUGGCUAGGAAAAAUGAUUCAAGGUUAAAAAUAUCUUCAGUUGAAGUUCAAGUUUUGUCGCACGUCGGGGCCUCAUGAAAUAUGGAAAAAAUAAGAAAAUCUUUGUACAAAAAUUAUUAAAAAAUUUUUAUUAUUUUUAAAUAUUAAUUUUGUUUUUUUUUUUUUGUUUUUUUGUGCACUUAUAAAUUUUUAGUUCAGUGAUCUUUAAGAAGAGUAGUAUUAAACCGGAAAAGAUUUUUUAUUAAAUAUAGAAAAAAGAUUAAAAUUAAAAUAAAAGAAUUUAUUUUUUGAAAAGAACUAAAAGAGAAAAUUUUGUUAAAAAAAAAAAAUAUAACAGUAAAAAGUAUAACAGUAAAAAUAUAAUUUAAAUAUUUUAAUGUUAUGGAAUUUUCAAGGAUUUAGAAGAUGGAAAGAUUCAAGCCAACCAAAUGAAUUGCAUGCAUCCGGCUCUAAUUUACCUGCAACCUUGUUGCAAUUAGAUGAAAAUCAACAAGUUCCCUUAAAUGACAACCAACAGGUAUUACAACCUUUAAGUAAUCGUAAUUCAGUACUUAAUGAUCAGUUAGCUAAUACACCAAAAGUAUUUGCAAAAAAUACCAAUGUUGGAUCUAUACAACCACCAAAAACAAUUAACACCAAUUCCGAAGCAAUUUACAAUGAUUUCCAAGCUAAUGCCAAUAAUAUAGGUUCUGAUGCUUCUAGAUUAGUUGUUCAAAAUUCCAGUAGACAGGCCCUGUUACCCUGGGGUAUACCAUCUAGAACAUCUAUAGUAGAUUUACAAACGAGUGGCGACAUGGGUCUAAGACCAGGUGAAAUUGUUAUGCGAAAUCUCUUUAGUGAUUUUACUCAACAAGCUGAAAAGAAAAUUGAAUCAGUUAUGAUAGAAAGUGCUGAUAAAAACUUAGCAAAAUUAUUACAACGUGGUGAAGAUCCACAAUUCGAUCAGUUGAUUUGCGCUUUUGGAUCAAUGUCAGAACAUUGUCUGCCGUCAUUACUUCAUACACUGCUUGCCUGGCAUAGACGACAAUUAUCCGACACCGAAAUUAAAAAUGAUCUAAAGAGGGUCGAAAAAAUUUCACCAAAACCAAAUAAUAUUGAUUUAGAUUUUCAGUUGCAAAGACGUGAAGCCGCUGUGGAAUUCAUUUUUUGUUUAGCGCUAAUAGAAAUUCUUAAACAGCUUCCAUUUCAUCCAGGUCAUGAGGAUUUAAUAAAAAAUAUCGAAAAUUUAGCUUUUAAACAUUUUAAAUAUAAAGAAGGACUACAAAAUAAUCCAAACGCUCAUAAUAUACAUAUGAUAGCUGAUUUGUAUGCUGAGGUUAUAGGAGUCUUAGCACAAAGUCGUUUUUCAUCCGUAAGAAAGCGAUUUAUGAGCGAAUUAAAGGAUCUUAGAGCAAAGGAAUCAAGUCCUACUACAACACAAAGUAUUAUUAGUUUAUUAAUGGGAAUGAAAUUUUUCCGUGUUAAAAUGGUGCCAAUCGAAGAAUUUGAAGCGUCAUUUCAAUUUAUGCAUGAAUGUGCACAGUAUUUUUUAGAAGUAAAAGAUAAGGACAUUAAACAUGCUCUAGCUGGCUUGUUUGUCGAAAUUUUAGUACCCGUAGCCGCAGCAGUAAAAAAUGAAGUAAAUGUACCAUGUGUUAAAAAUUUCGUGGAUCUCUUAUACGUACAAACUUUGGAUGCUUCAACCAAAUCUAAGCAUCGUUUGGCAUUGUUUCCACUCGUUACGUGCUUGUUGUGUGUCUCACAGAAAAAUUUUUUCUUAAGUAAUUGGCAUUGUUUCUUAGCUAUGUGUUUAAGUAAUUUAAAAAAUCGUGAUCCAAAAAUGAGCCGUGUAGCUUUAGAAUCACUUUAUCGCUUACUUUGGGUUUACAUGAUUAGGAUUAAAUGUGAAUCGAAUUCAGCUACUCAUUCAAGAUUGCAAAGCAUUGUAAAUUCUUUAUUUCCAAAAGGUUCAAAAGGUGUUAUUCCACGUGAUACACCAUUAAAUAUUUUUGUCAAAAUAAUUCAAUUUAUUGCACAAGAAAGAUUGGAUUUUGCAAUGCGUGAAAUUGUAUAUGAUUUACUAUGCGUUGGACGCUCAAUUAAGAUUAUUAUGACACCGGAAAGAAUGAGUAUUGGAUUAAGAGCAUUUCUUGUAGUAGCGGAUUCUUUACAACAAAAAGAUGGCGAACCACCUAUGCCGAGAACUGUAGGUGUUUUACCAUCGGGAAAUACGCUUCGGGUAAAGAAAACUUAUUUAAACAAAAUGUUAACCGAUGACACAGCACGCAGCAUAGGCAUGUCAACUUAUUUUCCACAUGUGCGAAGGGUUUUUGUUGAUAUCUUAAGAGCUCUUGAUGUUCACUAUGGACGUCCGCUAAUGAUGACAAAUACGCAAAAUCAAAAUAAAGAGCCUGAUGAAAUGCUAACAGGUGAACGGAAACCUCGUAUAGAUUUAUUUAGAACAUGUGUUGCGGCUGUGCCCCGUUUAAUUCCGGAUACUAUGACAUCUCAAGAAUUGGUUGAUAUGUUAUCUCGACUCACUGUUCAUAUGGAUGAAGAGCUUCGCAUGUUAACACAUCAAUCUUUACAAACUUUGGUUAUCGAUUUUCCAGACUGGCGGCAAGAUAUUAUACAUGGAUAUGUACAAUUCCUUGUCAGAGACGUUACUGACACUUUCCCUCAGUUAUUGGAAAAUUGUACCAGAGUACUUUUAGUAUUUUUAAAUACUUGGAGAUCAUCAGUAACAAACUUAAAUACAACAAUUGGAAGCAAUACUGGUUCUACGAAGACUGUAAUUUUCACACAAAAUAUGAAUGGCGUAAAUACUAACAAUAACGGACCAAAUAAUAUAGGACCUGGUGGUAAAGAUAAUUCAGUUCCUCAGCAAACAUCAUCAAAUCAAACAUCCCAAAUAAUACAGAAACCGUCCAUUUCAAAUACUACAUCUAGUGGUAGCUCAAGUGUAAAUUCAAGCGGUGUAUCAAGUAUGACACAAACAACAGUUAUCAAUGCUACUGAAACAACAUGCGGCAAUAAAAAAAAUGAAAUCCCUUUGAUUACGACUUUGCAUUACGUAGAAGGCUUUGCUUUAGUACAACUUUGUAAUUCUAAACCAUUUUUAAGAAAACUAGCUGUAAUGAUUUUAAAAGAAGUAAAAAUGCUAAUGAGAGCUUUAGGUAUACCCGAAACAGAACCACCUUUAUUAGAUGCCAUUGAUAAAUGUUUGCCACAAGUUUUGGAAAAGUGUAUACCACAUCUACCUCAAACAGAGAAAAUUGCAAUAAUGAAUGCCACAACAGUUGAUUUGCAAUGGAUUACAGAAAGAUCUAGUGGAGUAUGGGCCUCUGGAUAUACAGAUGAUUCUUCAAAAUCUUCUACCUCAACAUUGAAUUUAUCACAAUCAAGUAGUCCACAGCAACAACAAGUUGAUCCUUGGUCAGUAUUAUUAUUCGGUUUCAUGGAACGGCAAAAUAUUUUACAACAUUGUCCCUCUGCUGUAGCACAAGCAUGGCCUAUUUGUUAUGCUCGGCUCACCACAUUAUUUAAUGUUAUUGAUCCUACUCCUGUUAGCGAUAAUCGUGCUUCACUUUUACGUAGUUCAGCACCAACAAAAAAAUUACCAACAGAAAGUCAAAAAGAUUUAUAUUUGAAAUUAUGGCGUAAUCAAGUUGCAUUAGCAAUGAGAGUUGUACCACAAAUACCAAGUGUAGCAGUACGUUGUGCUUCACCAGAUUUGAGUUUAAGUUUACAAGAUCAAUCGGAUACACGUUCCUUGUCUGAUUCAUUGGACAACAUUCCAUCCAAUGUAUUUGGUCCAGAAGGAAUUGUAACAAGAUUUACAUUGCCGUUAUCCUAUGGUAGAAAAGAAGCACGUCAAAAAAGACUUGGUUCAUCACCGGACUCAUUAAAUGCUGAUCGUAGUGAUAAAUCUGCAAUGGGUUCAGCAUCACCUGUAGCAUUAUAUAAAUUAAUUGUUAAUCUUUUAAGAUGUGAAGUAAAUGAUGUACGUGAUGCAGCUGUAAAUGCUUUAGGAAUGAUAAAUCAUGACGCUUUAAAGGAUCUAAUGGAGGAAUUAGUUGUAUAUAUUAGAGAGGCUGUGGAUAGAAAACAAGAGAAUAUGAGAAGAAGAAGGAGACGUGAUGCAUUACGAUUACAGUUGGUUCGUGUAUUAGAAAAAAUUGCUGAAAAUGGUACAUUUGGUGUUAGUACAUGUGUUCUUGAGCGUGAUACAAUGUCUUUACAUCCAACUUUUGUUGAAUAUAUUGAAGGUGCUCGAUUAUAUUUAGAAGCUGAAACUGAUAAAGAUAAUGCAAAUAUACGAGAAGUUAAAACACAUUUUUGUAAUUUUAUAAGAAAAAUGAUAAAAAAUUUUUCACUUGAAUCCUGUGUUACAUUAUUAUCUCGUGAUAUAAAACGAAAUCUAUUUAAUUUAUUUGCAACAUGGAGUGGAAAUUUUUCUAAACCUUUAGGAAUAUCAUCACAAAUCGGUAAUACAACUGAAGAAGAAAAAUUACAAUUUAGUGCUUUACAAGCAAUGUCGGCACUUCUAUGUUGUGGUCCUAUAUUUAAUUCAAAUCAUUUAUCUGAGGACGGUAUCAUUUAUAAAUGGUUAGACUUAUUAUUAACAUCAAGAGAAGAAAAAAUUUAUCAAUUGGCUCGUGAUACAGUUGUAGUAUUAUUGGAAUCCAAUCCUGAUAUUGGUCAAUUAUUAGAAUGGGUUAUUGAUAGAUGUUACACAUCUGUGCCACGCGAAGCUGAUGCAUGUUUUCUUUCAUUAGCAUCAAUAUUUAGUGCAAGGGAAUAUCCAUGUGAUCAUUAUACAUCAGUUAUAAAUGUAACAUUAUUAAUGACAGGCUGUCCUAGAGUUGAAAUACAUUCAACUGCUUUACAAUUAUUACAAAUAUUGGAUAAAAGAUUUUUUGGUGCUGUGGGUCCAUUAAACAUUGAAAAUGAAAAAGAAGAUGAAAAAGCUGGUACUUUAGAUGCUUUACUUAGUAAUGCAUAUUGUCGAUCUCAAAGAUUUUUAUCAAAAACUAUUGCCCAAUUAAGACCAGAAUUAACAAUGUCUAUGUUCUCUGAAAUCACUUAUCGUUUACAAACUUCCCGUGAUGAAGUACGUUCGUUAUUAUUACAAUGCCUUUUACCAUGGUUAGAAAAUAUGGAAUUGAUAGCAACUAGUGUUCCACCAGCAACACCUUUAUCGUACAUAAUGUAUUUUCCGGAUUCUGGAACAAGAGGCAGACGUGAAGGAUCUGGUUCAACUGAAGCUACAGAAAUGAUUUUAAAUAAUUUAUUCUACAUAACAGCAAAAUUCGCCGACUCCCAUCCUCGUGAUAUUGAAGAGCUUUGGGGAACAUUAUGUCAAUUUUGGCCAAAUAAUUUAAAAGUAAUCUUACGAUAUUUGGUUAUUAUGUCUGGAAUGGCACCAAAUGAACUUUUACCUUAUGCAAAACGUGUUGCUCUCUAUUUAGCAAGAACAUGUCCAGACCGUUUAUUAGAUGAAUUAAUGACAGAAUUGCAAACGGUUGAAACAUUAAAUUGUUUAAUUGAACGUACUGAAACCCCACCAUUUUAUAGAUUAACUAGUAUGAGAAAAGCUUCAAGUCAUUCUGAUGGUCAAACAGCUGGUGGUAUUAAUGAUUCAAGAAUACAAGAUUUAACUGUUGAAAAAGGAACGAUACAUACAAAACGUCAUAGUGGUGAAGAUCCUAUUAAAACUGGUACAUGUAAAUCAGACAGUGGUAUUAGAGCAUUUUCUCAGGGAACAAGACCACCUCGUGGUUGUGAAAAAAUACGAGCAGCAUCCGGACCAACAAUUUUACCAAGACCAGAAGAUAUCCUAAUAAAUGAUCAAGAUAUGCAACAAGAAGAAAAUGUUGAAUUGCGUUCCGAUCCUCCAUUAGCCCCACAUCCAUUACCAAUGCCAGAAUAUGGUGGUUUUUUUGCACCAUUAACAGAAUUCUUGCCAGAUGUUAGUUUGCCAAUAAGCGGAUUUCAUAGAUGUAACGUUGCUGUGAUGUUAUUAACUGACAUUGUUGUCGAUGGUAUACCAGGAAUUGAUUGGACAUUGCAUUUACCUCUUAUGCUUCACAUAAUGUUCUUAGGCUUAGAUCAUAAUAGAAUUAUUGUUAGAGAUCAUUGCAAGCAACUUUGUUUGAAUCUCUUGAUGGUUUUGGCCGAACAUAAUGACCAUUUAAUUGUAGCAAGGAUAUUAUUAAAUAGCGAUACAGCUAAGUUAAAUUUAGGAUUAUCAAUACCACCUCUACCUGUAAUCAGCAAUGUUUUUACUGAGCCUAGCCAAGAAUUUGACAGUUAUUUAUUUGGGGCACCAAAUAAUAAUUUGUCUACUACUACAUUACAACCACCGCAACAACAACAAGUUCAACAAACACAACAGCAAUCAACACAGCAACAUCAACUGCAACCACAACAAAAUCAGCAACAGCAAAUACAAAACCAGCCUCAGUUGAGUAUCACUUCGCCUGUUCCAACAAAUCCUAACACAACUGAAAACAAUGAAGUACCCUUAAUUGUAACAGAGGAGAAUAGUCCUCCACAACCCGGACCGACCAUGCCUAUUUCACAUGUUAUUAAAGGAUUAAUUAAAUUCUUAUCACAAGAUAAUUCUCAACCUCUUUGGAACUAUGAAGACAUUACAGCGAAAGUUUGGGCUGUUAAAUCAGCUGAACAGUUAUCGUGCUUUUUGAAACAUAUGGUAAAAGUUUUCGCUGAUAGUUAUCCACAUGCAAGAAUUGCUGAACGUUGGGCUCAAACUGCCCUACAACUAGGUUUAAGUUGCUCAUCCAGACAUUAUGCAGGCAGAUGUUUACAAAUCUUUCGUGCCCUAAAUGUUCCUAUUAAUUCUCGAAUGUUAUCAGAUAUUUUAUCACGUUUAGUGGAAACUGUUGCUGAGCAAGGUGAAGAUAUGCAAGGAUAUGUAACAGAAUUGUUGUUAACACUAGAAGCGGCAGUUGACAGUUUAGAUUCAGAUUUUAGACCAUUAGACGUUAUGAAAGAUAUCUUCAAAAGCACGCCAAAUCUGAACAAUAAAGAUGGACAAGGCUCGGUUUUACCAGGUAAAAAAUCACCGUCUGGUGCUGCACCGCAAUCUCCUAGUUUUGCUAUUCCAAGUCAUGCAAGAAGCACAAGUUAUUCAGUUUCUUAUUGUACCAGAAAAUCAACAAAUUCACCUUGCGAUAAGCAAGUUGAUCUUCGUAAUCGAGCAUCAGCUACCGUAUUAGAAAUAGAACGUAAUGGUAUUCAAUUUCGUUCUGCUUUAUCUCGUUCAAGGAGUGCACAAAGUCUUAAAAUGCUAGGUGACACUGCAACACAAGACGACAAAAUGACAAUUUUAGCUCAAUUAUUUUGGUUGGCUGUAUCGCUUCUUGAGAGUGAUUACGAACAUGAAUUUUUAUUAGCGCUAAGGCUAUUAGGGAGAGUGUUACAUCGUUUACCAUUAGAUAGACCAGAUGCUCGAGAUAAAGUCGAAAAGCUUCAACAACAAUUGAAAUGGGCUGGUUAUCCGGGUGUACACGCACUAUUACUAAAAGGAUGUACACAUUCGAGUACCUAUGAGCAAACAAUAACUUUACUAUCACAAUUGUCACCAUUAUCUAGUCUUCCAGUGUGUGAUCCAACACAAAGUUGUGCAUUUCCUAUGAAUGUAAUCGCAUUGCUACCAUAUAUGCUUUUACAUUAUGAAGAUGCAAAUGAAGUUUGUAUACGAAGUGCUGAAAAUAUUGCACAAGUUUCAUCAGAAUUAGGUGCUAAAUUAGAAAAUUUAGGUACAGUAAUGACAUUGUAUAGCCGAAAAACAUUUAGUAAAGAAUCGUUUCAAUGGACAAAAUGUGUAGUAAAAUACUUAUAUGAUACAUAUGCACAUAUGGGAUUGCAUAUGUUAGCAUUUUUGAUUGAAAUACUUGAAAAAGGACCACAACAAAUUCAAAUUCCAGUAUUAAAUGUCAUACAUUGUAUGCUACAUUAUGUUGAUUUAUCAUCCCCACAAGCACAGACAAUUAAUAGUGAUCUUUUACGAGUUAUAGGCAAAUAUUUAGAGGCACCACAAUAUAAGGAAGCAUUAAAAAUAUUAAAAUUAGUUGUAACACGAAGUUCUAGCUUACAAGUUGUACCACCAUCAGAAAUGUGCAGUAGUAGUGGUUUUUCAUUUAGUUUUUAUGGUAGUUAUUCUGAUUCAGAAGUAUUUUGUAAAAAAGAAUUAGCUGGUAGAACAAUGGAGUUUACAUUUGAUGUAUCGCAAACACCAUUAAUUGGACGAAGAAUUCUACUUAAAAAUGAAAAUGAUUUAACAUCAUCUUCACCAGUAAAUACUGCUUCAACUACAAUAACUAAUUCUAGUUUAGGAUCAACAGUAUCAACAACUAAUACAUUAAUAUCAGGGAAUGUACAACAAUCUUUAAUAUCAAAUUCUGCAAUUACAAAUCAAAACCGUAAUAAUGUUAAUAUGAUAUCAUCAUCAUCCUCUGCAGUAUCAAAUUCACAACAACAUCAGCAACAAUUACAAAACAAUAAUAACAUUAAUAGUAAUGGUAUUAAUAGUCAACAACUUCAACAACAACAACAGCAUUCAGGUACACCAAAUUCACCAAGACGAAGUGCAAGUUUAUCACCUGCUGAUACAGUUCCAUUAAGUGGAUGGAAACGUCCUUGGAUGUGUCAAAGCCGUGUUCGUGAAUGUUUAGUUAAUUUAUUAACGACAUGUGGACAAAGAGUUGGAUUACCAAAGAGCCCAUCUACAUUUAGCACAUCGUUUCUUUCUGGAUCUACUAACCAAUCAUAUCGGCAAUCUGUAAUAUUCAGUCAAUCCUCUGAUUUAUUGGAAAGACAAUCAUCGGCUGCUUCAAGUACAGAAGAAACUUCUGGUCCACAAGGUGAUUUAAGCGGUGGUUCAAGACGUGAUGAUGGUCAGCCUGAUUUUGGUGUAUUCAAAGAUUUUGAUUUCUUAGAAUAUGAAAGUGAAAGUAUUGAAGGCGAAUCUACCGAUAACUUUAAUUGGGGUGUACGUCGACGUCCAUUAUCUGAGGGUGGUGAUAGUGAACCAGUUACUGGUUCAAAAGGUGGACAUUCAACUCAUGAAGAAAGUUUAAGCGAAAAGACUCCAAUAUUACGUAAAAGAAAACGUCAUACCGCUGAUGAUUCUUCUGAUGAAGAAGUCGAAUCUGAAUCUCCAAUUGAUGAAGAUCACCAUCGUCAACCAUUUUUAAAAUCAACUUUUAUAGUUGGUCCACCAACAUCAUUAAGUUUACGUGAAAGACCACGCCGAGAUUCAGUCUCAAGAAGCGAUACAAGUGGUUCAAGUGCCGGAGAUCUAGGUGAUAUUACACCAUGUAACGCAUCACCUCACUUACAAGGCUUAAUAUCAUUUCGUGCACCAAUUCGUGAUGAAGGCGAAGAAAAUUGGAGAAAACAAUUACAAACGCUCUUAAUUAAUCAACCAUCUGCACAUGCCGUCGAAUUGUUACAAAAUUUAUUUAAAUUAAUACGAGAGCUAACAAGUAAAUCUGUAUCAAUAGCAAAAGAUUCACGUAAAUAUUUUACUGGUAUGGGAGCACCAUUGGGUAAUCGAAUAUCAAUUUUGUCUGAAUUAUUAACAUCAAAAUCUGAACCACCACGUAUAUGGUGUAAUCAAUCAUAUCCAACAACACCCAGACUAUUCGAAGCAUUGAAAUUUAAUGUACUUGAAAUACAAGAGCAUUUGGAAACAUUUUUCUAUCGCAAAGAUCACGCCUUAGAGUGUUUAGACUCUGUAAAAACAUCAUGUAAAUUGGCUUUAUUCAGCGAUGUGGAUCCAAGCAAUGCCGUCGAAAGUGUAUCUGGUUCUGGUAAUAGUUUUAUGACAUUUGAUCCAGCUACAACAGAACUUUUAUUAGAUUUAGGACGUUCUUUAUACAAAUUAAUGUUUCAACUUUUAUUAUUGAUUGAAUCACACCAUAAAAUUUCUUUAAGUGUUGUCAACAAUUUCAGACAAAAUGAAAAGAUGCAAGAUAUGUCAGAAUUGUAUAUGUUGGUAAGGGGAGCACUAUUACGUUGUAUAGAUGAUGCUGAAUUAGAAUCACUUGAUACAUCGACAUCAACAGAGGGUGAACAUACCCCGAUUCCCUCUCCAGGAUUACCAAUGAGUAAUUCAGAAUUUGAAACAUCGCUAAACGAAUUGAUAGAUGGACAAAAAUGGUCAUUGGCUAUAAAGCAUGUAAGACAGUUUAAAAGAAUUUCUCAGUUAACUGCUUCAAACCCAAAUAUAAAUAUUCUAACUGCUGGUAAUUUUGACAAUCGUGUAGCUGAUGAACUCUCGAUAAUAUUAAACAUAUAUUCACAUAAAAUUAUUAACGAUAGGAAUGAUACUUUUAUAUUCUCAAAGACUGAACCUGAAUUAUCAGAAGUCUAUUCAAUAUUAUCAGAAAAUUUAUAUCACGUUUCAAGUGCACUAUCUUCAAUGGAAUCAAAUAUGAAAAGUUAUUCAAAUACUUCAGUAAAUUCAAGCAAGGAAGGAAAUGAUACUAUAACGAAUCUAUGAAAACGACGGACACAAAGGGAUGACUUCAUAGAAAAUUGUUAUAUAAGAUUUAAAUAAAGAAUGUUGUUGUGUUAGAUAUGAUUGUUUUAAAUAAAAAUGUAUUUAUAAAUAUUAAAUAUUAAAAUUAAAAGAAAAAUAGUUUAAUUAGUAAUAAUUUUAAGAAAAAAAAGAAUCUGAAAAACAAAGAUUUUAAAUAUCAUUAUCAAUCUUUUAUAUAUUGAAUAAGUCAAUGUUUUUAUUUAUUUCAAACAAAUUAUAUAAAUAAAUAAUUAAAAAAUUUG